UCCAUCCAUCCAUCCAUCCAGAAUUUAGACGCGCGCGGCAUAUAGUGAGAAACUCUAUGGCGCGCGGUGAGAACGGGCGUUUAUGAUAUUCGUUGAACGCACAAUGAACAAUGACGACAGUCGACCUGACGCUUUUGAAGUCAUGGCUCGAAGAGUUGACCCUGGCCCAACUUUACUCCCUGGACGAUGCCGGCCUUACUUGGCUACCGCCGCUGCAGAAUAAGAGCCAUCGUCGUGCCGUGAACGAUAUCAUUCGUGCUUUGCAAGAUGUGACGGACCAGAGCCAGCGUCUGCACUGUGUUGCUCGGCUACACUGCUGGCUGAUACCGCGAAGAAGCCACCGGCCGUGGCAUGUCAUUCGCUUCAAGACAGCUUCGAUUCUUUCCAACUUUUCGAGGCUGCUGUCACGCGUGGUGACGGUACUUCGAGUUCACUACGGCGAGGCGACGCUGCAGUGGACUUUGGACGAUGGCACCGUGUUCGCCUGUCUGCUCGUCCAGAACCUGGGGGCCCUGUCUCUUGACCACGAGGCGUCGUACGUGGUCCUGUGGCCCGGGCUGCCGUUGAUGGCGUUGUUUGCGCCGGAGCGACAUGGAAUGCGCCGCUUGCUGCUGGCACUGGACAGGGCAAUUGCAGGCGCACCGGUGCUCAAGCUGGACGUGCCGUGUGGAGACCUCGAGACGGUGUUCCGCUCAUGCCUCUCGCAGCUACCAGUACAGGUUGAGCCGGGUACCCUCAAUGUUCCAAAAGUGACAAAAGAUCUGCGCGAGCCACCAACAGGUGACAAGGAUUCAGAAGAGCGUCUUGACAUCUGGAAUGCCGCUCUUGCCGAACUUGGGCCUUCUUUACGACCUGUGGACAGGUCGUACACUCUCAGUGAUGGGAAGGGGACAUGGGUGCGCUUUGAAGGCCCUAAAUUGCUAGACAAGCUACGCGAUCUCUACGUACGUGGUUUUGAUGCAAUUAUCAGCAAACCCAUGCUACCGGCUUUUCUGGGAAGUGACUAUCACAUUGUAUGAAGUGCCGUUGCUACGGAUUCCGAUUGGGUCUGCUAUGUAUAGAUUUGCAUUUGUUAUGUUCUCCAUACUUUCUUAAUUUAUUCUUUUAUUUGUGUUAUUUGCAUAAUUAAUUUAUCUUGUGUUAUGGUGCAUAGAAAAAUUAUGCAGAGACUGUAUGGACCUCUCAGCUGUAUUUACAUUUUAAGUUGAUCUCCUUUAUUCGUGCCAGUAAUUGCUAGCACUUGUUAUUAUUUCAUUAUUGGUGUGUUAAUUUUGGCACUACUGCUGAGGCAGUUGUUACUGCUGUAUUUGUCAAUAAGUUGUGCAUCUUCCUUUGUGUGUCUUCCUGGUGUUAUUGUACCACACAGUACAAAGUGGAUGUGUGAAAUUUUAGCAUAAGACAGGCUAGCUGGAUAUUUUAUGUUCCAUUUUUAUGUUUUAGUAAUUGUGACAUAUCUCUAAUGGCAGCAAGAAUCUGCAGGUUUUAAGGGGGGACGCGGCUUUCACAUUGCAAAAAAUAACAAAGAAAUAAAUUUUUCGACAAUCACA